UAACCUUAUUUGUUUAACAGAAAAUAAUAACGGGGAUGUCGUCGUUUCUGACGCUGAGUCUAUUUCUGAGUGUGGUACUCUAGUGGUGACAGAGCGUGAAGGAAGACAUCGUUACUCCUACACAGGACAUCCACCAGGAUCACUUCUAUUAACGCGUGGAAUCUGUACUGACGCGCUGUCACAUAUCUUGGUCUGCGAUCAUAGAACCAAAAGUGUACAAAUGCUGGAUAAGGAUGGGCACUUCUUGUCACAUCUACUGAUAAGACCACCGGGGAUAUUUACACCACACAGCCUUAGUUAUCAUACCAACACUCACCGUCUCUGGGUUGGAUCAGUAUACAACACCAAGCUGUGUGUAUACAGGUAUAUAGCCCGUCAUGACACUCUGUCAGAUAUGAAUCCAGCCUCUGCUGGUGUGAUGGAAUCACUGAGUGUAGUUCCUUACAAAGAGACAAAAAAACAUCUUCAAGGAGAUGAGCGUCUGCUGAAACUGAUGUCUACCAUCGAGUUAUUUAACUUUUUCACACGUCAAGGUGUUGACGGCUGUUAUCACAUUUCCUGUGUAAUUUCAAAUUUGUUCUGGGUCAGUGAUGCUGACAAUCUCAUCUUGGCAGACACAACAGGUUUCCCUCUUCAUCAUGUGGAUGAUUUAUGUAGGGAUUUAUAUGGAGGAUCACACACAGUGACCAGUGAGAGUGAACUGUUUUAUAUAGAUAGGAAUUAUAACAUCAACAAACUGUCAAAGAAUAUGAAAACAACCACCACAAUUAUAGAGAAAAAAGACUCUACAUGGCUACCAGGGUGCGUGUACUGGUCCCCGUCUACUAGGGAUCUACUGGUCGGGAUGUUUAGAGAGAAAAUAUUGUCAGGCAAGGUAAAUCGGUUCAACCAGAGCGGACAACAGACACUAACCAUACAGCACGACAGCACAGGACUAGAACUGUAUAGGUAUCCUAACUAUAUAACAGAGAACAACAAUGGGGAUGUCGUGGUUUCUGAUUCUGAUGGUGCUAUAGUAGUGACAGAUCGUGAAGGAAGACAUCGUUUCUCCUACACAGGGCAUCCAUCAGGAUCAGGACUAGAUCCUCGUGGAAUAUGUACUGACGUGUUGUCACAUAUCCUUGUGUGUGAUGUUACAGACGACACUGUACAUAUGCUAGAUAAGGAUGGUCAUUUCCUGUCAUAUCUACUGACAAAAUCACAAGAUAUCGAUAUACCGUGCAGCCUGAGUUAUGAUGUUAACACCCACCGUCUCUGGGUUGGAUCGUGGUACAACAACAAGGUGUGUGUUUACAGGUUUACGGACCGCCACGAUGCUCUCACAGAUGAACACAUAGACCGUUCUGAUGGGGAAGUCUUCUCUUGCUCAUCACCAGCCUUUAAAUAGAGAUGACUCAACAUUUCCACUCCUAAAUGAUGAGAAACCGCAGCUCGAUUUGAUGCAAUGAAAAUGGAAAAUGUUCAAAUUACUCAAUUCUUGCUAACCUAAUGCACUGAUUUCUGCCUUGCAUAGAAAAUUAUUGUGUUUACUUACUAAACAUUGUAUGGGUACUCUACGAUCUAAGGGAAGCUUGCUCUCAAUUGACCGAGGGUAUUAACCUGAAAAGUAUGUCGAACAACACUAUGGAGUUCCAUAAUGGGAAAAAAAAAACUAAACAAUCAAUCUUAAAACCAUCAGUCAUCUUUGAUAUUUACUGUAAAAAAAAUAAAAAUCCGAUAUAGUGUCAGUCAAAAAAUGCACAUUAAACGAAGAAACAUUCAUAUACGUCUGUAUAUUAUUCUGUAACUAUUCAAUGCCACGUUUAAAAUACUUUACUGGCUUAUAAGUCUUUCCUGAGAGACAUUUAUAGCAUUAACAUUUCGAGUUCCUAUAAGCAAAUUCGAAGACAUUUUAAGUAUGGUGUGAGGUAUGUCCCCAAACACUUAUCAUAGCGUUGGCCAUAAUGAAUUUACUGUGGUGGGCGCUUCCAUCAUUUAAUACCGGUAGUAAACGCAUACCUACUGUGCAGAGCAUUAUUGGUGGGCCGGAACCAGGCUAGUCAAAACAAUAUUGCGCAGUGAUUAAAGGUCAAUAAGAAAGAUACAAAAAUGACCAACACAACAGAUUUAACCAAUUGAACAACUUUAAUAUAAUAACAUUAUAACAAUUUCAUAUAUAAGUUAGUAAAUAUAUUGUGCAUUAAAGUAGUCCGAGUAUCGCACUACGUCAUAAUACGGAUUUUACAAUAUUGGAUCGACUUUUACAAAGCGUUUUUGAUACCCAGUAUUGAUUUUGCUCUACAUCGCUGUUGUUAACAAUGGCAAUAAUAAGCAAUUAGAUCGGUAAUAUAUGUAUUCUAUGAGAUAUAGAAAUGAUUAAUGUUGAAAAACUCGAUUCUGUUAAAGUAAAAUGAAAAACGAAGUUUCUGAUUAACCAGGAGCUCAGGUAUGCUUAUAUCUUCUUUGUUUUGACCCCCCCCCCCCCGAAUUUUUCUUUUUCUUUUACUAAAACCGGUUUAAAUUAAGAGACAGAAGCAAUUUCGAAUUUAAUCAAUCGUCAAUUAAUUAAUGUUUAAAUUAUAUCUAACAUUGUUGACAGAUCUAGGCAGAAAACUGUAGCAAAAUGUGAUUUUUACGGAUUUUUUCGUCAGGGUCUACUUGGUUUAGAGCUUAUAGCGUGAAAAGUAAUCCGUCAACAUAUAAUUUUUUUUACCAAAUCUUUUUUCUAAGAUGUCAAUCUAUAGAAUAAACACCAUUAAUUUAAGUUUGAGUCCAUAAAAUAGUAAACAAAUUACCAAACGCGAUACUAGCAUUGCAUUUUUUGUAUUUUAUUUUGAUACAUCAGGUUCAUAAAGCGUACUUACUUACAAAAAAUUGCGCAAAAUUAUUGAUGAGAAUGGCUUAAAUCAAUAUUUAUACUCUAUUUUGUAUGUUCAGAUCUAAUUUUCCCAAAUCGGAAAUUAUUUUUAGGAAAAACGGACGUCUGGCAAAUUUCAUAAUUGUCAAUAAUUUUCGCAAGGGGGUACACCCGUCUGAGAGGUGAUAACAAACAAACUAGCAUGUUAACAUACAUAUUUUCUUUUGUAUAUGUAUUGCUAGAAUGUAUAUUUAUCAUUUAAAGCUAAGCUUUUAAUGAUUGAGCCCAUUUAGUGCCGAGUAUAGGACUACCUUAAUACCUUUUUAAAGUUUGGUAUUUUUCUAUGCUUUUACAAUGAACUCUUUUAAAGAAUAGCGAUAAAGACUGAAGAAUGGUCAGCGCCAUCGAACAUUCUUAAGCAGCCACUGCUAGGAGGAUUCUGCGGUCUCUGGAUGGUACCGCGGCUUGAGACAAUAUCUAUCAGAGGAACAUAUUAUUAUUUAUACAUGUAACAAAAUAAAAAGGA